AUGGCUACUGAUUGUUUUAGCAAGUGGGUGGAAUUCCGCACGGCGGAGUCCGUCCAGUCUGCUACAGUGGUAGAGUUUCUUGCGCAAGAAGUAUGCUAUCGUUGGGGAUUUCCGGAGGUGAUUAUAACAGACAGUGCUGCGAUGUUCCUAGGCAGAAACUGGGAGCAGUUUUGCCAAAAGAACGAAAUUAUCAUGCGAACAAGCCCGGGAUACCAUCAGCAGGCAAACCCUGUGGAAAGGCGAUUUCAAGAGUUGAAAAAGAUGUUGCGAGCUGCCUUGAUAGGCAGAGAUGAGUCACACUGGGAGCGAUGCCUCCCAAAAAUCAUCUUCAACUUGCGAACCCGAACCAAUGCUGCGUCUAACGUCACCCCUUGCCAACUCUUGCUGGGUUACGAACUACCUCGGCCUGGCGAUUGGGACACUCCUCUACAAAGGAGGCGAAGGCCUCUGAACGAAAACCGUGCCCAACGCAUAGAGGAAGCCCAGCAGAGUUCUCGCGCAUAUCGGAGCAAGCGAUUUCCUGACAGGGAUAAGGUGCCCACUGUCACGUUCGCACCAGGCCAGUGGGUGUUGUGCAGAAACUAUGAUCGCAAAGCUCGCAAGAAUUUUGGAACAACUUGGACCACUUCUUGUCAAGUCCGGAGGCAACUCGGUCCCAGCACUUACGUAGUAAAUAAAGGUGGUAUAGAUCGGGUCAUCCACGUGGAUGACCUGAGACCUGCCCCAUCACCACGCGAAGGUCAAGAGCACCUUGACCCGCGUUCUGUAAAUAUAGAAGAAUUAGCUUAG